AUGUCUUCAGCACAACCCACAGACGUCGAUCAAAAUGUCGAGAUUUGGAAGAUGAAAAAGUUGAUCAAGCAACUUUCGUUAGCCAAGGGUAACGGUACCUCUAUGAUUUCUCUCAUUAUUCCACCCAAGGAUCAAAUCUCUCGUGUCGUUAAAAUGUUGGCAGAUGAAUAUGGUACAGCCUCCAACAUUAAAUCACGUGUCAACCGUUUGUCAGUCUUGUCUGCCAUCACUUCUACACAACAACGUUUGAAAUUAUACAACAGAGUUCCCGACAAGGGUCUGGUCGUCUAUUGUGGUACUAUUAUUACCGAUGAAGGAAAGGAAAAGAAAGUCAAUAUUGAUUUUGAACCACAUAAGCCUAUCAACACCUCGCUCUAUUUAUGUGAUAACAAAUUCCACGUCGAAGCAUUAGCCGAACUCUUGGAUAACGAUGUCAAGUUUGGUUUUAUUGUGAUGGACGGUAACGGUACACUUUUCGGUACUGUGUGUGGUAAUAUCCGUGAUGUGAUCCAUAAAUUGUCCGUCGAUCUUCCCAAGAAGCACGGUCGUGGUGGUCAGUCUGCCCUUCGUUUCUCGCGUCUUCGUGAGGAAAAGAGACACAACUACGUGCGUAAAAUUGCUGAAUUGGCUGUGCAACUCUUCAUCACCAACGACAAGGUCAACGUCGCCGGUUUAGUGUUGGCCGGUUCCGCUGACUUUAAGAACGAAUUGUCCCAAUCCGAUCUCUUUGACCCUCGUCUCCGUGCCAAGGUCGUCAAGAUUGUCGAUGUGUCUUAUGGUGGCGAAAACGGUUUCAAUCAAGCCAUUGAGUUGUCAGCGGAAGCUCUAUCCAACGUCAAGUUUAUCCAAGAAAAGCGUUUGAUCGGCCAAUACUUUGACGAAAUCUCACAAGACUCUGGCAAGUACUGCUUUGGCGUGGAAGAUACCAUGAAGGCCCUUGAAAUGGGUGCGGUCGAAACAUUGAUUGUCUGGGAAAACCUCACUGUCAACCGUUAUACUCUCCGUGACGCUGCCGGUGAGGAAUCCGUCGUCAUUCCCAAUGCCCAAGAAGAAAAGUCCAAGGAGUUCUUGGUCGACAAGUGUCCUGAAGCCACCGCCAAUUCAGAAAUGGAAGUCGUCGAAUGCAUUCCAUUAUUAGAAUGGUUCACUCUCAAAUACAAGGAUUUCGGUACCUCCCUCGAAAUCGUCACCGACCGUUCUCAAGAAGGUGCUCAAUUCGUUCGUGGUUUCGGUGGUAUCGGCGGUAUCCUUAGAUACCGUGUUAAUUUUGAACAACUCAACUACGAGUCGGAUGAAUUCAUCUCUGAUGACGAUGAGGAAUAUAUCUAG